AAUCAACCGAACACGUAAGCCAUAAAAUCACUAAAAGGCCGGAGUUUUCUAUAUUUUGCUUCUCUUUGUUCACAGAGAAUUCUAGAGUAGCUCCCAUGGCGUACAUCGAGCGAGGUGAAGUGAAAUCUAAGCGAUCAAUUUGGCGUUUGAGGACAAUCACAGAUUUCUUUUGGGGCAUUGUCAAUUUCAUAUGCGUAUUUUUUGCAACUAUGUUUUCGAUGGAAAAGUCGGAUGCUUACAGAAAGGGCUCUGGUGCUAGCAAGAAAUGGGAUGGUGGCGGCCCAGGAGGUCCUGGAGGUGGUCCAUAUGGUGGUGGUCCACGUGGACCUCCCCGAGGACUGGAUAAUGUGCGAGGGCUGAAUGAUGUUAGAGGGAAUGACCAUAGUUCCCUACCUGCUUGUGGCUCGUGCUGCGGUGGCUAAGUGUCGGGCGUAUUUGUUGUGCAC